CCUCUCGCCUCCUCCGCGGCUUCCGGCACGGUUCGCGAGCGCCGGCAUGGACCGCAACCCGUCGCCGCCGCCGCCUGGCUGUGAUCCGGAGGACGGGGAGGACCUGGCCGGGGGCGACUGCAUCGGGAGCACGGUCUACAGCAAGCACUGGCUCUUCGGCGUCCUCGGCGGGCUCAUCCAGAUUGUCACACCUGAAAGUGCCACAUCCGACUCAGACGAUGAGGAACAGGUGGAGCUUGCUGAAGAAAUGGAGAAUGAAAUUUGCAGAGUCUGGGAUAUGUCCAUGGAUGAGGAUGUGGCCUUAUUUCUCCAAGAAUUUAAGGCUCCUGACAUUUUCAUGGGUGUGCUGGCCAAAUCCAGGUGCCCCCGAUUGAGAGAGAUCUGUGUGGGAAUUUUAGGGAAUAUGGCUUGUUUCCAGGAGAUAUGCGUGUCCAUCAGCAACUGUGAGGAUCUUGGGCAGGUGCUGCUGCAGUGUUUGUGUGACUCAGACCCGCCCACUCUGCUGGAAACCAGCAGGUUAUUGCUCACCUGCCUUUCCCAGGCAGAAGUGGCCAGCAUCUGGGUUCGAAGGGUCCGGGAACACCCAUCUGUGUACGCUAGCAUUUGCUUCAUCAUGUCAAGUUCAACAAAUGUUGAGCUGCUGGUGAAGGUCGGGGAGGUCGUGGACAAGCUCUUCGACUUGGAUGAGAAACUCAUGCUGGAGUGGAUUAGGAACGGGGCCUCCCAGCUUCCGGACCGACCCCAGGAGGACACUGAGGAGCAGCCAGUGUUUUCGAUUGUACCCUGUGUGCUGGAAGCUGCCAAGCAAGUACGUUCUGAAAACCUGGAAGGGCUGGAUGUUUACACACACAUCUUACAGCUGCUUACCACUGUGGACGACGGAAUCCAAGCAAUUGUACAGAGUCCUGAUACUGGGAAAGACACGUGGAAUUUACUCUAUGACCUGGUGUGCCAUGAGUUCUGCCAACCUGAUGACCCGCCCAUCACACUGCAGGAGCAGAAAACAGUGCUGGCCUCCAUCUUCUCAGUGCUGUCUGCCAUCGGUGCCUCACGGGCAGAGCAGGAGCACCUGAAGACAGAAGGACGAGGUGUCACUGCUGCCUCUGUGGCCAAGACUCUCUGCAGUUUUCGUGUUUGGGCGGAACAUGGACGUACUUGGGAUCUUCCUCUAAUCGACAGCCUAAUUCGGGUGUUACAAAAUAUGGAGCAAUGUCGGAAGAAAUCUGAGAACUCCCCGGAGUCUGACACAGAAGAGCCUGCAAACUGUGGUUCCCCACAAGACGACUUCCAUAUGAAGAUCUUACAGGACAUUUCAUGUGAAUUCCUCUCUAAUAUUUUUCAGGCGUUAACAAAGGAAACCGUGGCUGAGGGGCUGAAGGAGGGCCAGUUAAGCAAGCAGAAGUGUUCCUGUGCGUUUCAGAGCCUCCUGCCCCUCUACAGCCCUGCGGUGGAAGACUUCAUUAAAGUCCUGCGUGAGGUGGAUAAGGCUCUUGCUGAGGAGCUGGAAGACAGCUUCCCAAGUGUGAAGGCACAGACUUAAGACCCAAGUUGGAGUUUCUGCUGUCCAAGGAAUAAAAUUUGUGUUUUCUAUGGUUUGAA